UUUAUAAAUUAUCCAGGCUCGGAUAUGUCUUUAUCAGCAACAUGAAAAUGGACUAAUACACUCGGGAAGUUGGGUGGUGCCCAGGUCAGGGAGAAGGAAACCUGGGAUAAGAAAGGCUCUGAGAUGAGGUGCCUCUGUGCAGCCAUCCUAGAAACAAAACAGUCAGAAAAGAAGUCUUCAUAACUGCAGUCUGAGUUCUCGGCUCCACAGCCCAUUGUGACAUCACCUGGGGGCCCUGGAUCUGAGCCAGAGGCUGUCAGCCUCACUCCCUCAGCCCUGGCCUCUGUCACCCCCGGGCCCACAGCACAGCCUAGGGCCAUGCUCCUGUUCUCAGUGUUGCUGCUCCUGUCCCUAGUCACAGAAGCUCAACUCAGUCCGCGGACUCCUCUCCCAGAGGCUGGAGUGGCUCUCCUAGGUGGGGCUAGGGGCGCCCACCACCCUCAGCGCCCUCAUCCCCCCCGCCCAGUCAGUGAAUGUGGCGACAGAUCCAUUUUCGAGGGAAGAACUCGGUAUUCCAGAAUCACAGGGGGGAUGGAGGCGGAGGUGGGUGAGUUUCCGUGGCAGGUGAGUAUUCAGGCCAGAGGUGAACCUUUCUGUGGCGGCUCCAUCCUCAACAAGUGGUGGAUUCUCACUGCGGCUCACUGCUUAUAUUCCGAAGAGCUGUUUCCAGAAGAACUGAAUGUCGUGCUGGGGACCAACGACUUAACUAGCUCAUCCAUGGAAAUAAAGGAGGUCGCCAGCAUCAUUCUUCACAAGGACUUUAAGAGAGCCAACAUGGACAAUGACAUUGCCUUGCUGCUGCUGGCCUCGCCCAUCACACUCGAUGACCUGAAGGUGCCCAUCUGCCUCCCUACGCAGCACGGCCCCGCCACAUGGCGCGAAUGCUGGGUGGCAGGUUGGGGCCAGACCAAUGCUGCUGACAAAAACUCUGUGAAAACGGAUCUGAUGAAAGCGCCGAUGGUCAUCAUGGACUGGGAGGAGUGUUCAAAGGUGUUUCCAAAGCUCACCAAAAAUAUGCUGUGUGCCGGAUACAAUAAUGAGAGCUAUGAUGCCUGCCAGCAAAGCUAUUUUCCCACUUUACAAAGAAUGAACACUGGAAGCUCUCAAACAAAGCCACCUGGGUCUCACACCUUUCAUCUGCAAAAUUGGUGCUUUGCUCUUUCUUCUAUAUGGAGUCAUUUUGAGGCAGAAAACAUACCCUUGGUCAUAGCCUUGAGUUGAAAAUCUUUGAGGGCAUUUUCUGUCCAAAUGACUGAAAAAAUCGACCAAAACCUCUUCGUUUUGAUGAUGCUCAUGCUUUGUGAUAGGAGUAGCCUCAAAUUAUUGCUAAAGGGUUCUCUUUUCUUGUCUAAUAAUGAAAAUCCAGGCAAUUACUAGCAAAGAGAGCAAGUUGCCUUGGGAGGAGAAUUAGGCCUCAUCAUGAUUAUGACUACUGGUUUCAUUUCAUGGCGAGAGAGGGGCCCAGGAGUCUGCUUUGGUGUACCUUUGAAUGAUGACUGAUUUAAUAAUGAUAUUUAUUUAACACUUUUUAUGUGUACUAUUAGGCACUGUAUGUAAAAUCUCACUUAAUCCUCAAUAUGGCCAAAUGAAGUAGGCCAGACUAUUUAUACCUAUUGACUGAUUAAGAAAAUGAGACAUAAAAGGUUUAGAUAGCUUGCCCAAGGGCGCACAGGAACUGGCAGUAGACUUCCUGCCUUCUGGGUCAUCCUCCAUGAAGUUGCUGAGAACCACCCAGGAAAGAGCAAGCCCUGGUGGCCAGCCAGGUUUGGGGCACGUGGUCUCCUAAGCUAGGGAACAGGGUUCCAAGGACUUCUUCUGCCUGCACUGCAUGGUCUUUGCUCCUGUAGCCACCCUCUAGACUUCCAGAUCCCCCAGCUGAGAUGCAUGCAUUUUCUAAAAUCAAUAUGGAUCACUGUGUCACCAAGGAAAUAACCCAACAAUUAUUUUGUAAAGGAUCCAAGGGUGAGACAAGUUUUAAUUAUAAUCCCUUUCACUCUGAAUGCUCAGCCCCACCAACCUGCCCCUAUUGUUUGUCCUGAUGUCCUCCAUUUGUCUCACAACCAUUAACAGAUGCCUCAUGAGAAGCCAUCCAUGGGCUUGGGGAUGGGAAUGGAGCAGUGAACAAAAAGGAACAGGCAUUGCUCUGCGGAGCAUAUACAGUAUGGGGAAGGCUGGCAUCUAUGAAAUCACUACACAAAUAUAUAUAAGUUGCAACUGCAAUAAACAUGAAUGCAAAUAAAAAAUUCUAAGCCCCACAACCAACUGAA